AUGCCAGACACCGACCUUCUCAGCAGCUGCCUCAGGAUAUUGCCCCUACUCGUGCUACUCGUACCUACGAAUUGUCAACAGUGUUCCCGCGUACAAGCAUGUGGCGCGACGAUAUCCCGAUAUCCCACCGUACAAGCCGAAGAGGGCUCAGGAGCAUCACCGAGCGAUGUGACGCCUCUCUACGACGAGCUACUAACGCCGAUCGCAGUUUUUGACUAUUCAGCCGAGGCUGAGAUCAAGAACUUCAAGCUGUGCACGUGCGCCAACAACGUGACGUGCGACAUGGAGGACAGCUCGAAAACGUUGCGGCUCGACGACUCGGUCACGCUGCACUUCUGCGAAGAGCCGGCCGCCCAGAUACCCAACGAGUGCAAGGGGCGCAGAGGCAUUCUACGGGUCAUAGGCCAUGCGCACGAGACGGGCUGGACGUUGGCGUCGGUGACGAACACGCUCGCGUUUUGUACGUGUCCGGCCGGAUUCCGGAGGGCCUCAACGCACAUGUGGGACCACGCCGAGCUCGCCCUCAAUUAUAAGUGCCUC